AUGAACAAAGAGCAUGCGAGAGCUAAAGUGCGGUGCAAAGGAGCGAUUCUAAACAGUUCGCAUACGAUUCCCGUUCUCAAGGAAUAUUUCACUAUCGAAUGGCAUUGGAUAGAUAUGUUUCUAUAUGCUUCGUUUAAUUACUUCGGAUAUGGCUUCUUUGAUUUUAAUCACAGAGCGCCAAUACUGAGGUCGCUGGUCCCGGAACGCGGUGCGACGUUGCACUCGCCCGAGUACCAAUUACGGGGUGUAGACGAGAUAAGUCUACAUUUUACGGGGAAAAUAUUACGCCUCAAAAUAACAUUUGAAAUUGAAACUACGUCCACGUGGCCCGCUACGAAGAGUUACAUUUUUUCAACAUCAACACUAGUGUUAUUAGAAAAUGCCAUCCACAUGUGA